AUGGAUCAUGACUCAGGUGAAGGGAAGCUGGAGAGUGCGCCAAAAUCCGACGGGAGCGACUAUUGGACUUGGAGCUUCCGAUUCGAACAAUGGGCAGAGGCACACGAUCUAUGGGGGUACUUUCAUGGUUCGGAGGAGCGGCCUGCAUCGGGUGACGCACGGCUGAAGUGGGAGAGAAAAAAUCAGAAGGCAUUCGCUCAAUUCUGCAAUGCCUUGGUGCCAGAUGAGCUAAUUCGCUUGGUACGGGAGUUCGGCGGCAAGACCGAGUUGGGCAGCGCACCUGUUGAUGGCGGAGCAAGAGCGGUCACCCAAAUUCCUGCAGGCACAGCAGCGGCAUACAUACGAGUGAAGGAGUUCUACCUUCAGCGCGGAUUGUGUAACCGGAUGGCACUCUCUGAGGAGCUCUCUUCAUUGAAGAUGAAAGAGGGGGAGGGGGUGGCUGCAUACUGGGCGCGUGCCGAGGACUUGAGGUCCAAGUACUUGGCUGCAGGAGGAAAGGAGGAGGUUGAGGAGUGGAUGAUGAGGGUACUCAAAGGACUACCUCCUCACUUUGAGAUGCUGAAGGUGGUGUUGAACAACCAGUCAUCAUCGCUUACUAAGGAUCAGCUGCUUACCUCCUUGAGAAGCGAGGAGAUGCGGAUUGGUGUCGCACUAAGAUCGGAUGGUGUAGCCACAUUUGGAGCGGGUACGAAAGUGGGCAGCAGCGGCAGGGGAAAUUGGGUCAAGGGAGGAAAGCAUGGAGACAGCGGUAGCAGCAGUGACACCAACUCGGGCAGAUGGGGUCAAGGGAAAGGCAAAGCGGGAGUGCUUGAUUUCCCUUGGGGGUCCAAGGGCAUGGCUCCUCGGGGGUUGUGUCAUGGCUGUUGGGAUGAGGGACAUGCAUGGCAGCGAUGUCCUCAUCGACCUAAGGGAGGCAUUCCGGCAUUCUUAAAGCGGGGGGGUCGUGGGUCCAACGGCAAGGCACAGGUGGCGGAUGAGGAGGAGCAGGAUGACAAGGCAGAGGCAGUGGUUGGAGAAGCAGUUGCAGCAGUGGGAGAGGAGCAGCCGCGAGAGGGGUGGUGGAUUGACAGUGGGGCCAGCCACAACUUUACUCCUUAUGCAUCGGACUUCAAAAGUAAGCUUCAACCACCAGAGGUUCGGGGAGUUAGAUUGGGAGAUGGACGGGUGGUGAAAGCUGUUGGCAUGGGUGAGGUGCCAGUGGUUGGUGCUGGAGGUCAGCUGCUGAGGAUUCAAAAGGUCCACCUUGUGCCUGAGAUGCACACGCGUCUGCUGUCAGUCCCACACCUCACCUCUCGAGAUGUCAUUGUCACAUUCAAAGGCAAGAGAUGUGUCCUUCAACGGGGGGAGCGGGUGUUGGCGAUUGGAGAAAAGGAGAGGGGAAGGGACCAUGGAUUGGUGCGGAUGUUUCUUCCUCUUGCUCAGGGCACACAGGGCAGUGCUCUUGCAGCUAAGUCGUCCUCCUCAUUUUCCCCAUUGACCCUUGCCCAUCGCCGCCUUGGUCAUACCGCCCCCACAACAUUGCAACAGAUGGCUCGGGGGAACAGUGUACUGGGCUUGGAGAUUGGGGGGGGGAACACUGAUUGUUCCCCAUGUGAGCCCUGCUUAUUGGGAAAGUCGGCUCGGAAGCCGUUUCCCCAUGAGGCAUCUCGGGCACUUGGGCCUUUGGAUGAGGUCCACAUGGAUUUGUGGGGGCCGGUGCGCACACCAUCACUGGGAGGAGCGGUGUAUGUUCUCAGUCUCAUUGACGACUUCACCAGACGAGUUUGGUCGUUCCCCCUCCCCAACAAGGAAUCGGCCAUAGUUGCAAAAGUCCUUCGCCAGUGGCAUAAGGACGUGGAGUUGGAGUGUGGGCGGAAGCUGAAGGCUGUUCGCUCGGACAGGGGUGGCGAGUUCUUGGGGGAAGCUGUAAAAGCAUGGAAGGCGGAGUUUGGCAUUAAAACUCAAUUGAGCGUCGCAGAUACACCGCAACAGAAUGGGGUUGUGGAGAGGUGGCACAGGACGAUGGCAGAGGGGAUUCGCACAUUGUUGGUCGACAGUGGUCUCCCUGCUCGCUUGUGGGGUGAAGCAUUGAUGUGGGUCGUGUGGGUUAAGAACAGGGUCACCCACAGUGCUUUGCCUGCCUCCAUCACACCAAUGGAGGCGUGGUCCGGCCAGAAGCCGCAUGUGGGCAUGGCUCGGAUUUGGGGUUGCAUGGGGAGUGUCAUGUUGCAUGGGCAUGAGAAGGGUGGCAAGCUUGAUGCACGGGCUGUCAUGUGUGUCUGUGUUGGGGUGGACAUGGAGAGCAAGGGUUGGCGCAUGCUGGACCCUUCUAUCAUGCGCAUUCGCAUUGCUCGGGAUGUUGAUUUCCUUGAGAAUGUGAUGUGGAAGGAUUGGGACAAGGCAAAGGAAUUUGGGGAGCUUCUGCAGGAUGCAGCUGCAAUUUCCCAACUCCUCCCCCUUCCACUCUCGCCACCUUCAGCAACGGCUGACGACGUUGAGAUGCCACUUUCACCACUGCCACCGGCACCGCUGAGUGUGUCGGUGCAGCAGCAGCCCACCCCUCUACAGCACCUCAGUGGCCCCUCGGUCAUUCAGCAGAGAUCCGCUACACAGGCUACUUCCUCUUCCUCCUCCUCUGGUCAGCGCUCUAUCCCUCUCUCUACGGGUGCCCCUCCGUCACCAGCGACUACCUCCCCACCACCGGUUACGGGUUUGCAGGUGCUUGGUAUCCAGUCUGGUACAGGUGGUGAGGAGGUAGGGGGGGAUGCUGGUGUGGUUGAGGGCAUGCUAUGUUUGGCCAGGGAGGUGGAAGGUGUUGCACUGGCAGGUGUGAGCACAGGUCAAGGAGGUGCUUGCUCAGAGGUACCAGAUGAAGGAUCUAGGAAUGGUACUUGGUCAACUGAGGAAGGUGUUGCAGCUGAUGUCAAGGUGUACCAGAGUCUCAUUGGCAGCUUGAUGUAUGCUGCUGUGACCACCCGUCCUGACAUGUCUUUCACUGUCAACACCCUUGCACAGUCCUGCGUGGCACCAAGACGCAUUCACAUGCGCGCUGCACUGAGAGCACUCAGCUUGCAGCUGCAUGAGAACCUGGAGCGCAUCGGCAUGCGAGUGAUUGCUGCGAAGGCCAAGGCUUCAUUCGCUGGAGGGGUUGUAUUUUGA